UCGAUGCUCGCAUAUCGGCCCUCUCAACGGCUCCGGCUCCGGCUGAAGCGCCAGAGCCGCCGAAGCCCCAACACUGCUCCUUUGUGAUGCUGGCAGAGUUUGACAUUGAUAGAGGUUCGACGCUGGCUCAUGUUUGGCCCGAUAGAGAUGCAAUUGGAGGACAUGAUGAUCAGUGAGUAGGCAAGGGCUUGCGUAUGUUGUCUGGGUCAACUCACAGCCGCGUCUUCCGGCUCAACUCGAUCCCACUCGACUCCUCAGUACCCUAGCAGAGCUCAUGUUACCCGAUGGCGCACACGCUCGUUCAGAGGACUGGACAGUGUUCUUCCUCCCAGACGCCGAAGCGGGACCAUCAAAGUCCUCCUCCAGCUCAUCUCAGCCUGAUCUCACAUAUGUGAUUAAUCUCGUCCGUACCAAGCACGACUCGAGCGUGCGGAGAGGAGCUUUGGUGAAAGCAUUGGCCAUUGGGACCAAGCAUCCCUGCCUGCACGUCUUCAAGCCCGCCCUCGUCCUCGCCUUGGAUGAGUACUUCUCAAGUGGAGGACAUUCCUCCUUGGAGCAGCUCUAUGAGGCCAUAAAUGCCAUUGACUUGUCUCCCAUGCCAAGAUUCACCCGAGCUGAGAAAGUUGUUCUGCGAGCCAGUGAACGCAAGGACCUCUUCAUCGAUCGUUUCGUGACACCAGAUUCAGGAGAUCAGGGGGCUGCCCCGAACACUGCGAACGGCUACCAGCCCAGUCAUGACUCGGCAAGCAAGACUGCGAGCCACCCCUCGGUAGACCAUUCAGCGCGGCCGCCCUUGACGCCCAUCGCGCCAGCUCAAAUGUCUCGCAGACCAUCAGCUGCGUCUUUACGCAGUGCAAUGAUGGCGACUAGAAUCGGAUCUUUCACUGCGAGCGCUCCAGCGCCACCUCCUACGCCCGCCGCGACCGGACCAGAUAGUCCUACGAUGCUGACGAAUGCAGGUAAAGAUACCCACUUUUGGGUCACUGGGCUACACUAUGGGAAGGUUGACGUGCCGAUACGGUGGCCUACGGAUAAUUGGGACGAUGAAAUUGGAGAAUACUCCCUCUCAUUGCUGUUCCAAACCUUCUCUUCGCAAACAGUCUCAGGACCAAUACACGCUCAACUUCACACAAAUGGUCCGCAAACCCACCCAAUGCUGCUGCUCUUCAAUGCCAUCGUGACGUACAAGCGUGUUAUAUUCCUAGGACAUAGUCUGCCUGCCGCUACUGUUGCUGGGCACGUAUUGGCUGCUGCUGCUCUUGGCAGCGGAUGCGGAGCCGUCAUACCGGGAGUCAAGGAGAGGGUAAGCCCGUAUGCGAAUCUGAUGAGUCUUGACGUGCUAGAGCGAACACCUGGGUACAUCGCUGGAGUCACCAACCCUAGAUUCGAGGAGCUGAGAUGCUGGGACCUGCUCUGCAACGUAGAGACGGGACGGAUCACAGUUCACAAGGACAUUGAGGUCGCUCCCCGUCUAGCCUUGACGCAGAACCAGAUCAGUCCAGCCAGCACCGCUCUAGGAGGGGGCAUCGCAAGCGCUAGCGGGUCCUAUGGCUUGACCAAUCACAAGACCACACUGUCGGGUGAUGCCGCCUCGGAUACUUCGAUGGCAUGGUCUGAUGGGCCAGGCGCAGGUAGCGGAAGAAGUCGUGGCGCCAGUACGCUGGGUAAGAGUCGAGGUGCUGCUGUUGUUGGAGAGUUCGGAGCCCUGGCGGGUGGCAUUGUUGGUGGCGCUGGUGAUCCCAGGCUGGAGUCGGCGGACUCGACGUUCAUGGAUGAGCUCCACAGCGCGAUACAAAAUCGCUGCUCCGAAUCAUACUUGCGCUCCAGAGUCACCGAGUAUGUAUCCACCUUUGCAAGACACAUCACUCGCCACGACGAUUACUUUCACGGCACAGCCGCACCCGAGCUACACAGGAUCCCGCACCAGCCGUACCUCAACGGUCAGCUCGGCAGUGGAACAGCGUUCGGCGAUCGAGAGGGGGAGGCAAGGGAGUUGAUGGCCAAUGCUCAGAGAGUGGAGGGUUUCAGGAGCUCCGCAGGCUACGAGUUGUGGUCAAAGGCCGAUGCCAUUUGCCGUCUCGAUACCUCUUUAAUACCGGGACUGGACCUGUGGCAUCAAAUCUGCCGACUCAGAGGACGUGGUAAAGCGAUGCAGAUAGCCGAAGCAGAGCUCGUCUUUGCAACCCUCGUUAAGAGUUUGAACAACGACGGUCAGGUCAUCGAGCUUCUUUCCGUUUGUCCCCCUCACUCUGGCGGUCUAGCGCCUAUCGCGCUCGGUCUUUACCACCCUACACCCUCAGUGCGCCUGGCUGCAUGCGAGAUCCUCACAAGGAUAACGAACCAUCGCUUCGCCGGCUUGCAAGCAGUGCAGUCCCUCUCACUCUUCCACCGUCUAGCCUUCGCACGGGUGCAGAGCGAGAGACAGGACUGGAUGAAUCGCUCGGUGGUCCCGAGUGAAGGGAGAACAGAAGCGGGUACAGCGCCUCCCUCUGCAUCGGUUCGGGCUAGCUACUAUACUGGCGGCAAUGGACGCGCUUCUCCCCCUACGUCACGGUCGGAUCGAGAUUCCUUUCAUCCUGGACAUGGCUCGAAUCUCACAAAUGAAAGCGCAGCGGGUGUACGUCGUGGCACAAUGUCAGUAGGAGCUAAUGGGCCACCAGGGUCGAGGAUGUCCACUUUCGCUUCGUCUUCGAAUGACUGAAGGAGGUGGAGGGUGGAGUGACGGACCUCAAACGUGUACUUUUACGGAGCCAGCACUCUCUGGGGCAGUAAUGCGAAUGCCUUCACGAAUCUAUGCAGGUCGAAGUAGUUCUCCUUCUUAGGCUCAUGGACUAUGAUAACAACCGCACCAACGGGAGCAGCGUAGCGACAGGGUCUGCUUUUCUGAUGGCCUUCAAGCUCGUCCUCUUUGCAAAGGUGGAGGAAAGAAGCAGGUGAUUGCUGUGAUGUGAUGUGAUGUGAUAUGGUAGCGUGUGGCUUGUGAGGGACCAGAGCAAAGCGUU